AUCUUAAAUUCCGCAGCUUCUUCUUGACCGGCUCACUCUUGGCCAAUUGGCAAAGUCUACAAUGGCCACCGUGAACUGGUCCGAUCUUCCCGAGGAGCUCUGGCCCAUCGUCGGAAAAUUCCUCCACAACCGCAUCGACAUCCUCCGAUUCCGCAGCGUCUGCUCCACAUGGCGCUCCUCCCGCCCUCCUUUCCAGCGACCCCCACCUCCUCCGCCUCUUCCCCUCAGGUUUUCUCCCGGCGCCGCCAACCCCAAAAACCAAGCUCUCGUUUUCCAGAGCACAAUCUACCGCAUGGAGCCGAUCGCCGACAACAACCGGGACGGUUCUUCUCGGUCGGAGCCGUGGCUGAUGAAGCUGGAGGAGGAUCUCAGUUCCGGCAAAAUGCGGCUACUUCAUCCGGUGACCUGCUCCCCGCUCCGGCCACUGAAAUUGUCCUCCGGUAGCGCACCAAAGAUGUUUAGUUUGUUGGAGUUUCGAGUUGUGGAGUUGCAAAAAUCUUACGUGCUCAAGUUUGGGAAGAACAAUGUUAGAGUGAAGUCUAUAAGCAGAUUGGUGGUAGUGCCUUGUGAGGUUUUGGAAUUUAGCGAUGUUUUCGCGAUUUUUAUGAUAUAUGAUGGAGGGAAGAUAGGGUUUGUGAGAUUUGGGGACAAGAAAUUGACUCGUGUGGAUGAGCAAAAUGAUCACUAUGAUGAUAUUAUUGUUUAUAAGGGUCAGUGUUAUGUUGUUGAUAAAUGGGGCACGAUUUCGUGGAUUAGUUCUGGUCUCCAGGUGAUUCAGUUGCAGAUGAUUCAGUUUUCGCCUCCGCUGUGUGGGUUUGGGGAGAGGAAGUAUUUGGUGGAGUCUGGCGGUGAUCUUUAUGUGGUUGAUCAGUUUUUGGAAAAACUGACUCAAGGUGACAAUAGCGUAUCACCCCAGAAUCCGAAUCAGGAUAAUGAGUUGCUUCUUUGGCACCAUGGUCGUAUUCAGCAAUAUGGAGAGGCAAUUGGUUUUAAAGUUUAUAAGCUGGAUCAAGAAUGGGGUAGAUGGGUCGAUGUGAAGGACUUGGGAGAUGACAUCUUUAUUCUGAGUAGUGAUGGAUCGUUCUCCGUGUCCGCCAGAGAGUUUGGUGGAGUGAAGGGGAAUUGCAUUUUCUUUACUGAAGGUGCCUUAACUACUGGAAGGGUCUUCUACAGCCGUGUGUUCAAUUUAGAAGAUGGUAGGAUUAGCAGCCUAGCAUCGUCGCGCCCUCACACUCACAUGGUCCAACCACCUUCAAGUUGGCUCAGCCAUGAUUGAAGUUUGUCUGCAUGUUCUGAAUGGAAGAUGGUUACAGGUUAAGACCAUUUGAUUUGCAUUUCUUGGAGAUGGUGGACUAUCCAAUCCUCAUGAAGAAUGACCUGGUACCAGUUCUUCUGUAAACUAGUAUAAAAUAUUAUGCUAGUUAAUUGUUCCAGUGUUUGCGAGUGUGGUUAAUUAAUGUUAGAACUCUACAGUUGUGUAAACUAGCUUAAAAUAUUACGGUAGUUAAUGUUAGGAUAUAUACAUACAGAUUAUGAGUGUAGUUUGUUGAUGAACUUAAUGUUAGGAACCAUACAUACAGAUUAUAUAAGAUGGUGUGUCUUUAAUGAACUUGUACGUAAAUUACACGAGUAAUAUCAUUUACUUUGAUGAUAAUUUGUGAGCU